AAUAAAAUAAAAUGAAGUAAAAUAAAACAAAAAAUAAAAUAAAAUUUACAAAAAUAACGCAAUAAAAAACAUCUCUGCUCAGACCAGUGUCACGCGGAUUUCAUUAAAAUAAAUUCGUGAAAAAUUUAAAUUAUUAAAUUAUUGUUCUUUGGUCCACCAGGAGGCGCUUGUUCUCACCAAAACACGCUUUAAAUCUUUAAAUAAUUAAUUAAAACACUGUUUAUCAGCUUCUUAUCGUCUUUUAGUGUGAGUUGAUCAUUCACACUAUUCAUGAAGCUCCACCCGCCGGUGCCGCUCCGGAGUUUAAAACGUGCAGCCGGACGCGUGUUGAUGACGCCAUCAACGGCGAGCCACAACAAAAACAAUAACAGCUGUUAGCCGCUAGCUAGCCGGCCCGUUUCCUCGGCUCUCUUCUGCUUCUUUUACUUUUUUUUAAAGUUCAAUUUUUGGUUUUCGGACGCUUGAACUUUCGGACAUGAAGCUGCUUUGAUAAAAUCGGUGAUUUAUCGCUGCCGUUGAUUUAAAGUCUUGUGUUUGUCUGUUAGCUGCUAGCAGAUUAGCCGCUAACCGACGGCAGGAAGAAGCUCCACAUCGAGAGAUGUUUCCGUCUCAGCCGGACCAUGAAGUCGUUCUCCAGACAUUCUGACCUCCGAUGACCUCCGAGUACCUCUGGCAUCACUUCCUGCUCCAUCGUCAUGUCUCCACGGAAACGGCCGCUGGUUCCAGUGGGCAGCCGGCGGAAGGCGUCGGACGACGUGUUCCCGUUCGACCUGCUGCCGGUGGAGUGCCGUCUCCACGUCCUGUCCUUCCUGGGCGAGGUGGACAAGUGCAGCUGCGCUCUGGUCUGCCUGAGCUGGAGCCGCCUGGUCCGGUCCUGGAAGCUGUGGCGGGUCGCCGACUAUUCCCGCCGCGGCGUCUUCCACCUGGGCCAGGAGGGGCUGCUGGUGUCCAACCGGGAGUUCGAGCGCUGGAAGGCCUGGGUCCACCACUACACCCACCACCUGAUCUCCAGGAGGGCCAGCCUGCUGACGCUGAAGGCCAGCUUCGACCUGGGCGACCGCAGCAACGACUGGGCCCGGCUGCUGCGCCACCUGCUGGACAACGUGCACUGCAGGGACCUCAGCCAGCUGGACCUCAACUGGACCUUCACCCUGCUGGAGCCGCUGGACCUCCGAGUCCACUCCAGCUCCAGCUCCCACCAGGACAGCAGCACCAAGAUGGACCAGGUGACCAGCUUCCAGGACCUGCUCUCUAAGCUGACCCAGAGCUGUCCCCGGAUCUCUAAGAUGCGGGUACACUUCGACUGGUCCGACCCGUCGGUGGCGCUGUUGAGCCGCUUCCAGCAGCUCCGGGUUCUGGAGCUCAAGUACUUCUGGGUGUUUAAGGGCGUCGCCCCGGCAACGCUGCAGACGCUGACCUCGGCGCUGCCCAACCUGCGGUCCCUGACGCUGCACAUCCUGGUCCCCCUGAGGAACCUGGGGACGUCCUACAGCCUGGAGUCCUCGUCCCUGGAGUUCCUGGACGUGUCCCCCAGCCGGGGUCUGGUCUUCUCCCGCCUCCGGCUGCCGGCGCUCCGGGAGCUCCGGGCCAAGAAGAUCGUCCGCGGCAUCACGCUGGACCGCCGGACCCGGCUCCGGAUCCAGAGCCGCUGGCCCUGCCUGUACCAGGUCCUCCGGGACGGGACGCCCCGCCUCCAGGUCCUCAACAACGAGAGGCUGGGGGCCGGAUGGAGGGACCAGACCUACGGAGACCUGGACUCCAUCCUGGACCAGGCCUGCUACUGCAUCCAGCACCUGGACAGCUGGCUCUGGUAGACCUGUAGAGACCUGGACCAGAGACCAGAGACCUGGACCAGAGACCUGGACCAGAGACCUGGACCACAGAGAUCUGGACAGCUGGCUCUGGUAGACCUGUAGAGACCUGGAUCAGAGACCAGAGACCAGAGACCUGGACCAGAGACCAGAGACCUGGACCAGAGACCUGGACCACAGAGAUCUGGACAGCUGGCUCUGGUAGACCUGUAGAGACCUGGAUCAGAGACCUGGACCAGAGAUCUGGACAGCUGGCUCUGGUAGACCUGGACCAGAGACCAGAGACCUGGAUCAGAGACCUGGACCAGAGACCUGGAUCAGAGACCAGAGACCUGGACCACAGAGAUCUGGACAGCUGGCUCUGGUAGACCUGGACCAGAGACCUGGAUCAGAGACCAGAGACCUGGACCAGAGAUCUGGAAGCAGCUCUUCAGUUCCUCCGUUUGUCUCCAGAGGCUGAAGAACGUCUUAAAGUCCACCAGGAGGACAGGAAGUCCAGAAAAAGGCAAAAUAUUUCAGGAAGAACGUCAGAAAAUGUUCAGAUGUUUCUGAAGAAUCCGUUUUAAAAGUUGCUACUUCAGAGGAGCUGCUUCUUCCAGGUUCAAAGUCCUGAAAUAUUUCAAGAAAUCGGUUAAACAUCUUCAAAAAUCACAGAUUUAUUAUCAAAUUAUCGACUUUAUUCAGAGAAUUAUUUUAGUUUUCCUCAGAGAAAUUCUGUUUUUUUCCACAAAUGUUCUGUCUUUUUAAAACUAUUUCAAAUUUAUUCUCUAAAUGUUCCGACAUGUUUCUGGAAAUAUCUCAUUUAAAAAAAAACUUCCACAAUUACAACUUAAAUCCCAAACUAUCACAAAAUAUUUCUUCUUUUUAUUUAUUUUAUUUUAUUAUCGUUAUCUUAUCAGUUUCAAAAUAUUUCUCAGCAUAUUUCUUUAAAUUAUUUUUAAAAUUCUAAAAAUAUUAUGCCUCUUUUCUCACGUUAUUAUGAUUUAAAUUUCAAAAUGUUUUGAUUUUUACUUCUAAAAAUAUUGUGGCUGCAUUCUCAGAAUAUUACUAGUUAAAAUCUAGAAAUAUUACAACAUAUUUUUCUGAAAAUUGCAUCUUUUUUAAUUCUAA